AUGGCCCCCUGUCUCCGCGACCUGGGUGGACCAAGGGGCUUCUGGAGAGAAAGGAGAAAGAUGGCCAGUGGGAAUGGGCUGCCUUCCUCCUUGGCCCUGGUGGCCAAGCGCCCCUCAGCCCUGGGCCCAUUCCCCCGAUACAUCUGGAUCCACCAGGACACACCCCAAGACAGUCUGGACAAGGCUUGCCAUAAUAUCUGGAAGAGAGUUCAGGGCCUGCCUGAGACGUUGCAGGCCAAAACCUCAGCAGAGCAGCUCUCUGCCACUCCAGCUGAGACUCCGAGAGACUCCAGGCUCAGCCUCCAGGACGAAGCUCUGGAGCUCAUCAGUGACAAAGAUGAGAUCUCCCUGUUGGUGGAGCAGGAGUUCCUAAGCCUCACCAAAGAGCACUUCAUCCCGGUCAAGGAGGGAUCGGGAGAACUGGAGAUAUCGGGCUGCUGCCCUGAGGAGACCAAGGAACCAGCUUCCUGCGCCUCGGCACCUCCCGUGGUGGCAAGCAGCUGUGAGCACCCAGAAGCCACCGUCAGUGCCACUGACGAGCUGGUGGAGCAGAAGGCAGCUGUGCCUGUCAUCGAGGCCCUGCAGGACUGUGAUUCUGCCACGUCCACUGUCACCGACACCCAACCUGCCAACAAGGUCAAGAGUGCCACAGAGACAGAGAAUGGGGGCCACAGUCUGGGGGCCUCCAACUCGAAGAUCAGCAAACUCCUGGCUCAAUUUCCACCGAAAUCCAAAGAGACAUCCAAGACCCUUGACAACAAGACGGUCCUGGAGGAGACCAAGGUCAUCAAGGACUUCUUGCAGAACAGCAUAUUCAGUGACUCUGAGCCCAGUGAGACCCCAGGGCUGGGCUCCUUCCUGCUGUUGCCACCUACACCUCCUCUCAAGACCUCUGACAAACUCCCUGAGCUCCCUGCUCAUAAGAAGCAGCUCCCCGUGUUUGCCAAGAUCUGUUCCAAGCCUGAGGCUGACCCUGAAGAGCACCCAUUGCUGCAGGGAAGGAGCUGGGUAGAACAGAACUCUGUCAACAAAGACUCAACCAAGUGUCGAGACAACUUCUUUGUUAGCCUGUGGCCCCAGAAUCGGAAGGAUACCUGUGGUGAGGAGGGUUGCAAUGACCCAGUGGGUACCCCAUCCAUGACUGUACCAUCCAAGAAGCCUGUAUGGCCCGCUGAGAAGAAUCUGCUCUCUGAGUUCCUUGGAGCUACCAAAAACCCAAGUGGGCAGCUGAAGUUUCGCAACAGAGUGGAUGUGGAGGGACUGGACCCGAAAUUUAAUCCACCUGUCACAGCUACUGACAAGAACAUCAAGUACACAGGGAACGUUUUCAACCCUCGUUUUGCCACAGCUUUGACCUCAGCAAAUCUGAACCAGCCACUCUGGCUCAACCUGAACUAUCCACCUGCACCUGUGUAUCCCAAUCACUCAGCUUUCCCACAGUAUCAGGGCCUGUACCCACCCCGGGCUACAAGGAUGCCAUACCAACAGGCAGUGCACCCGCAGCUGGGAUGUUACCCCCGGCAGGUAACGCCGUACAACCCACAGCAGAUGGGACAGCAGAUUUUCCGCUCUUCCUGCCCCCCACUGCUGAGCUACGUCCCCAUCGUCCAGCCCAACUACCCGUAUCCCCAGAGGACACCUCCAAAGCUGUCCACCAAUCCACGAGACCCUUCCCCCAUGGCAGGAGAUGGGCCGCAGAUCCUCCUCCCCCAGGUGUAUGGGUUCGGCUCAACGUCUGGCGGGCCCCUGAUGAAUAGCCCCUAUUUCUCUUCCAGUGGGAAUGGCAUCAAUUUUUAG